ACCGAUCGGUGCAUUGAAAGCACAUCCAGUCUAUUGGCCGGCGCUUAUCCGCCCAAAACUCAGGACUGGAUUUGGGAUAUCGGAGGGGACGCUAAGUUGGCUCAUUCCUGGCAACCCAUCCCUAUCCAGACUUUUAUGCCACACGAAGACGAUCUGGUUUGCAAUGAGGACAAAGACUGUCCGCUUGUGGACCGCGAGAGGGCGAAGAUAUUUGAAAGACCGGAACUUAAAAAGUUUACUGAAAGUCAGAAAGAAGUGUAUAAGAAGGCAUCGGAGGCCAGCGGAUGGUCUAUUAAAUCUAUCAGAGAUGCAGCCAUUUUGUGGGAUACACUGCAGAUUGAAUUCGCCCGCAAUUACAUCUGGAAUAAAACGUGGACUCAGGAGGAAGAGAAGAAAAUGAUCGACGACUUGUAUUUAUCGCGAGAAAUGCAAUUCCGAUAUGAUUGGGACAGUCCGGUCAUUAGACGGCUGAGAGGCGGCGGUUUGGCCUCACAGUUGAUCCAUAAUAACCAGAAAGUGGUGGACAUUAAAAACAAUCGGAAACUAUACGUAUACUCAACGCACGACUCAACUGUUGCCGCACUAAUCAAUGCACUCAAUCUGUCAAACCGUGAUUUUCCGCCCUUCGGUGCGACCCUUCUCUUUGAAUUACACCAAAACAACAUGAAGUAUUGGCACGAAGGGGGCGGAGAACUGGCCCUCAAAGGCAAGUAUCGUAUGUAUAAAUUGGGAGAAUUCAUACGACAAGAGUAUAACGACUAUUUGGGCGAUAAAUACUCGCCCCGAGAGGUGUUUGACCGAAGUUCGGUCACCGAUCGGUGCAUUGAAAGCACAUCCAGUCUAUUGGCCGGCGCUUAUCCGCCCAAAACUCAGGACUGGAUUUGGGAUAUCGGAGGGGACGCUAAGUUGGCUCAUUCCUGGCAACCCAUCCCUAUCCAGACUUUUAUACCACACGAAGACGAUCUGGUUUGCAAUGAGGACAAACACUGUCCGCUUGUGGACCGGGAGAGGGCCAAGAUAUUUGAAAGACCAGAAAUUAAAACGUUUACUGAAAGUCAGAAAGAGGUGUAUAAGAAGGCAUCGGAGGCGAGCGGACAGUCCAUAAAAUCCAUUCAGAGUGCAUCUGAUUUAUGGGAUGUCCUACAGAUUGAAUUCGCCCGCAAUUACAUCUGGAAUAAGACGUGGACUCAGGAGGAAGAGAAGAAAAUGAUCGACGACUUGUAUUUGUCGAGAGAAAUGCAAUUCCGAUACAAUUGGGACAGUCCUGCCAUUAGACGGCUGAGAGGGGGUGGUUUGGCCUCACAGUUGAUCCACAAUAACAGAGAAGAGGUGGCCAAUCAAAACAAUCGGAAACUAUACGUGUACUCAACACACGACACAACUGUUGCCGCACUAAUCAAUGCACUCAAUCUGUCCAAUCGAGAUAUGCCGCCCUUCGGUGCGACCCUUCUCUUUGAAUUACACCAAAACAGUAAAACCAAUGAAUAUUUUGUGAGAACUUUCUAUCAAAACGAGACUACAAUUAAUGAAGGGAUUCCUCACGCCCUCAGUUGGGGUGACUGCCAGUCGCUGACCGACUGUCCAUUUGAUAAAUACAUUGAAUCCACGAAACACUUGUUGUACACAGACUUUGAUAAGGAAUGUAAUGCUUUAUAA